AUGUCCAACGAGCUCGACAGAGAGUCGCUGGAGUACCUCCUCGGCUACCCAGAGAUGCCACCAGGUUUCCUGGCCCCUAUGGCUAUCAAACAGGAACCUGGCGCCGAAGACCCCGCCCCCGUGCCCAUCAAGCGCGAGCCCAGCCCGGACGAGCAGCACAUCAAGCCCGAAGACGCCGCCAUCAAGGCCGAAGAGGCAGAAAUAAAGCAAGAGAUGGCCACCCUCGAUCACCUGGUCAACACAUAG